AUCCUGGUGAUGGGAGCUCGUGAAGAUUGGUCGACGCCGCUCGAGUUGCCGAACUCCCGCCCCGUCCUUCUGCACUUGUCUCGCCGCCCUGCCGCACGACAAGAUGCUCAAGUUCCCUCCCCUAGUUCGGGAACGAUCUGUGAUGUCGCUCCGCGCCUUCUCCAAGAUGACCUGCUAUCGCGGAUUCAGUACGUUACCGGCGCGUCAUACUCCAUCAGCAGCCACUGCGGCAGCCACACCUAACAACAUUUCUACGACUGAAGAUGGAGCCGAUGACCUACCAGUCGUUAGCCUGGAUGAACGCAAGGUCGCAGUGGGGUGGGACACUAGAACCUGGUCUCGAUAUCACAACAUAUGGUUAAGAGACCAUUGUCGAUGUUCGGAAUGCUUCCAACCGAUAACGAAGCAGCGCCUGCUCAAUACAUUCGAGAUACCUCCUGACAUCACCCCAUCCCAGGCCGACGCUACUCCGGAAGGCCUGCAAGUAUCUUGGCCCUCCUCCAAACCUCACACUUCGUUCUACCCUUGGUCCUGGCUUCGAACCAAUUCAUAUGACCCGCCACUCGUCUCUCGACAACACAACGAAAAGAUCAUCUGGGGCUCAAGGAUACUGACCACUCCACCAACUGUAACAUAUGAAGAAGCUAUGGCCGCAGACGAUCGAGGCCUGCACAAAUGGCUUUCCUACGUCGACCAGUUCGGGUUUUGUUUCGUUCAAGGAGUGCCGCCAACGCCAGAGGCGACGGAGGAGUUGGCACAACGAAUCGGAUUCAUCAGGGAAACUCAGUACGGGAAAUUCUGGGACUUUACGUCAGACCUUGCCAAAGGAGACACGGCUUACACCACAUUGGGACUAGGAGCUCACACUGACAAUACAUACCUUACCGACCCGUCAGGCCUGCAGCUCUUCCAUCUCCUUUCUCAUACGGAGGGCACCGGCGGUUCCACACUUCUCGUUGACGGGUUCUACGUCGCGUCGAUCCUGAAGGAACUGCACCCCGAAGCGCACCAAAUUUUGUCCUCCACGCCGAUUCCUGCCCACGCCGCUGGAGAAGCCAACGAGUUCUAUCAGCCAUCGCCACCGUCGGGAUAUCCGGUGCUCAGCCACGAUUCUGUCACGGGUGAGCUGGUGCAAGUACGAUGGAACAACGACGACCGGAGCGUGAUGAACCAUCUGGACCCCUAUCUGGUCGAGGCGUGGUAUGAAGCGAUCCGGACAUGGCACAAACUACUGUCAAGCGCCGACUCGGAGUAUUGGGUGCAGCUGCAUCCUGGUACCGCCGUCAUCAUCGAUAAUCAUCGAGUAUUGCACGGACGAUCCUCCUUCACCGGCAAGCGCAGAAUGUGCGGUGCCUACAUCGGAGUCGAUGAAUAUCGAUCCAAGCUCGCUGUACUGCGCGAGAGAUUUACCUCAGACGGACGGAGUGUCUGGAGUGCAGGGCUGUAGUCUCCGAUAGGUUCCGAGUAAAUAACACAGC